AUGGAUGACCCAAUGGCGAGUUUCAAAGACGACGUUGAGGCCGUUUGUUCUGCUAUCAGACAGGAAACAGAAAACGGCCGUGACGUGAUUGUCAUUACGCAUUCUUAUGGAGGAACGGUUGGGAACAGUGCUGUUAAAGGUUUCUCUAGGCCAACCGAGGCAUCCGUAUCAGGCCAAAGCUCAGCAUCACCAUCUUCGUCCCGCGAACGGACUCCAGAGACAGGACACGUCGUCGGUAUUAUCCCCAUCGCAACGGGAUUUUGCUUCACCGGGCUCACAUUCAUGGACCACUUUCUCAAUAUAACUCCGCCAUUCUUCCGCAUCAACAAAGAGACCGGAUAUGCAGAUCUCACAGUCCGUCCUCAGAAAUUCUUCUACCAUGAUCUACCGCCUGUUGAGGCAGACCGCGCGACUUCUAUGCUCACCACACAGAGUCUCAAAGCACUGUUUGAAGGUAGAGAGUGCUCGUACUCCGGAUGGUUAGAUGUGCCUGUAUGGUUCAUCGGAACUGUUGAAGAUCAGGGGCUUCCUGUUCUUAUCCAAAGAGCUCAGAUCGGGAUGGUGAGGAUGUUGGGUUGUCGCGUGGUUUAUACCGAGCUGAAGACAAGCCAUUCGCCGUUCUUGAGUCAGCCCACGCAAGUUGUGAAGAUCGUGCUUCAGGCUUUUGAAGCAUUCACUGGCAAAAGGGCCGACGGAACGCCAGAGAUACUUGAACUGGCAAUCAAGCCAUUCAUUCCUACCGUGAGCCCUUGGCAGCCUAUAACAUGGUUCCGAUACGGAUUGCCGCUGGUUGUUGGCAGCCUUAAAGGUUAA